AUGAGCGAGCCCAAGACUUACACCCCCUCUGUACCACCCCUCACCCCACACCUCCUCAUGCCAGCCAGCCUGACGUCGUCGACCGCACUGCGUCUCCAGCAGCCGCGUUGGGACACCGAGUCGUCCAUGAUCGACUCGUCACACCUCUCCCGCUCGGUGCCAAACUACAUUCCCCGCGUCGACAUGAGCGCCACCGGCUUCAACAGCCAGCUGUUCGACUCUACCAACUUCCCCCGCAACAUGACCGGCAACACCAAGGACCUCGAGUCGCCGUACCAGCAGCAGCAGCAGCAGCAGGUCGCCACAGACUACUUUACCACCCCGCGCUUUAGCAGCUGGGUGCCUGGGCCAGACAGCACCGGUAUGGUAGGCUCCCCCGCCACCCCGUCUGCUCCCGGCCCCUCUGGGUGGGCCCCUCCUGCCAAGGAGGACGAUCCAUGGUACAACCCCGCAUUCGCCCCCGCCGCAACUGCCACCACGCCAACUCUCACCACCCGUUCACCCAAAAAGGGCGGCAAGGGACCCAAAAAGGUCGACGGCAAGCAGCCCACGUUCCUCACCAAGCUCUACGAUGUUUUGAACAAUGCAGAGUUCCACCAUAUCAUCCGCUGGGACGACGCCGGUGAAAUCAUCAUCAUUGAGCGUCCGGACGAGUUGGCCGACAAGGUCCUUCCCCUUAUCUACAGGCAGAGCCGCUUUGCGAGCUUUUCGCGCCAGCUCAACAUCUAUGGUUGGAUGCGCAAGGUCAGCCUUCGUCAUGUCGAGAGUGGGAUUGUCGACCCGGACGCGAGCACCUGGUCCCACACCUUCCUCCGCCGCGACUCCACCAAGGAGGAGAUCCUCAGCUUCAAGCGUCGUGUCCCUCCUCGCCCUUCGCAGGCCCAGAAGAAUGCCGCCCGUCUUCAGCAAGAGACCCUGUCCGUCAGUUCAGACUCGGACGGCUUCAACUCGCCUCCGGACGCGUAUCCCAACCCCAUGCUUGCCGACCUCGACGAGACCAAGCAGAUCAUCUUUGCCACCCCCGACCCCAACAGCGAGAUGCCACCACCUUCGUCAUCUCACAGCGAUGCCUCGAUGAUGGUUGAGAACAGUGGCGGCCUGGACGCCGCCACCAUCGAGUCGCACCGCCGCUUCUCCAUGCCCUCCAGCAUUGGCCGUCCCAACGUCAGCGCUUUCCAGCCUACGUCGAGCACCCUCGGACGCCAGUUUGCCCUCCAGAACAACAACCAUCUCAAGCACGUCCCGCACAAGAGCAUGUCCCUCAACUUGACCUACGCGAGCUCGAGCUUUAUGACGCCCCAGUCUGCCCCACCGGGCGGUUCAAUGUUCCCUGGCGCGAGCAACACGCUCCAGUUCACGUCUGGUAACGGCGUUGCCACUCCAAGUCUUACGGACACUCCAGCGUUCUCCCCUGCGUCGACCCUCAGCGGUUUGUUCUUGAACGACGACGCCAUCACCACCGAUGACGAGUACGACCGCGUCCUCCGCGGCACGCAGGAACCGCCUUCCUUCAGCCUCCACGACCCCUCCACCUGGGUCCGUCGUGGCUUGGGUACUCUGGGCGAUGGUAUGCGCCCCAUCCAGGUGGCCCCGCUCGACUCGGUGCCCCAGUACUACAUGUUCCAGCCGGUGACCAUCAACCCCAACAACAACCCGCUGCCUGACACCAGCUCCUCGAGCCUCUUCAGCACCAAGACCCCAACCUCGGUCGACAUGCUCACCACCACCUCCAACCCUCUCCCAGCCUCGUCUCCCAUGACCAGCACCGGCACAGUCUCGCCUGGCGCAUACCAGGGUGUGGGUUUCCCCAUGGGUAACCACGUCCCCAUGAACGGGUUCAACAACGUCUCCCCGCGCGGCACCCCUGUUCUCGGCGCUCGCGCAGCGACUGCGACCAAGAUUGAGCGCCGCAACUCCCAGACGGGCCCAUAUAGCCCGCCUCGCUCGCGCGCUCCCCAGCUCAUGGGUGCCUCGACCAUGCCCGCCCGCAACAUUGGCGGCAGGCGCGAGACCAUCGACGGCAGCAGCCUCUUCGCCACUCCCGAGGUCGUCGCCGACUCGGACCUCAAGAAUGGUCUGCCGAGCGCGUACCUCCCAGCCCCCGAGCUGUUCAGCGGCGAGCUCAACGUGCGGAGCUCGUCGACCAACGCUGAGCUCGAUGAGUCCUUGUGA